AGACUGCGCAACAUCAUCAUGGGGAGUUAACGUUACGGAGUGACAGUCGAGCUUAUACUAAUGUCCGUUUUUAUAUUUUGUGAAUUCUCGGUAUCCUAUGCGCCAUAGUGAGUCGUGUUGAAAGUAUUUGUUUUUGGGAGUCAUGCGGCGGAGUAAGGCUGAAGUGGACCGUUACGUUUCCUCAGUACAGAGUUCAUCUCCCUCACUCAAAGAGAAGCCAGUCAAAGGAUUUUUAUUUGCUAAACUGUACUUUGAAGCAAAGGAAUAUGAACUUGCAAAGAGACAUGUAUCGGAGUAUCUCAAAGUCCAGGAGAGGGAUCCAAAAGCACACAAAUUCCUUGGACAGCUCUUCGAGAGAGAGGGCGACAUCAACAAGGCAGUAGGAUGUUACAAGCGGUCAGUGGACUUGAACCCAGCCCAGAGGGACCUGGUGCUGAAGGUGGCUGAGUUACUGGUCAGUAAGCAGGAAUGUAACAGCAGAGCAGAGUUUUGGGUGGAGAAAGCUGCCAAGCUGCUGCCAGGAAGUCCUGCAGUCUUCAACCUGAAGGAGCGUUUGUUGAGUCGCCAGGGUCAGGCGGGUUGGAACAGGUUGUUUGACCUCCUUCAGGCCGAGCUGGCAGCGAGGCCAGCAGACGCCCACGUGAACGUGAAGCUGGUUCAGCUGUUUUGUCAGGACGGACGGCUGGAUGAAGCUGUAAAGCAUGUCCUGGCUACUGAGAAAAGGGGCUUGCUGAGCCACAGCCUGGACUGGUACACAGUGGUGGUGCGCACACUGCAGGAGUAUCUAGCUCAGCCCAGUGUCUCCAGUAAUGAGAAGAUGUGUCGGCGUCUCCAGAGAGAGCUGCUGUUGGCCCACUGCAGCCUGCUGAGAAUCACACUGUCUGAGAGCAGCAUGCAACCCUGCUGUGAUGCACUCACAGGUUUUGACCAAGCUAUGCAGACACUGAGCAGCAUUGCUGGCCGCCACACAGACGAUCUUUGUGAGGUGUUUGUGGAGAUGAGAGGUCACCUCUACCUGCAUGCUGCUACACUGCUGUUGAAGCUGGCUCAGGAACGCCAGCAAAGCUGGAGAGCCAUCAUUGACCUGGCUGCACUGUGCUACCUGCUGGCAUACCAGGUCCCCAGACCAAAGCCUAAAGUGACCAAAAGAGACCAGGCAGCCCCGCAGCUUCUGGAGCUGCUGGCCAACGACCGACAGAGUCAGGCCGGUCACAUGUUGCUAAACCUGAGCACAGAUUCAUCCACCUUGAUCAGAGAGGUGGUGGAGGCGUUUGGAAACCCUCGUGGACAGGACUCUCUGUUUGAGCUCCUGUUUAGACCACAGGCCUCCGCUGGAUCUUCCUUCAUUGCAAAUGAUGACAUUCGUUCCAUUAACACCAUGGCUCCAGAGCUCUCUCAACUCGCCAAAUGGGACGCUGGCUCCAUCCUGCUGCAUGCUGGUGACUUGCAACAUCUAAGCUGGUUGGGGCUGCAGUGGACCCUUCUGGCCCAAAGGCCGGCCCUGCGGGACUGGCUACAGCAGCUCUUUCCUAGACUUACUCUGGAAACCUCCAAACUGGACACCAACGCACCAGAGUCCAUCUGCCUGCUCGACCUGGAGGUGUUUUUAUAUGGUGUGGUGUUCUGUAGCCAUUGUCAGCUCCAGGAGACGGCCAAGAUCAGCAGCGGCAUGAACCAGCAGCAACAACAGCAGCUUUUCGAGCCUCGCUGCCUUCCCCUUCCCCUGCUUCGCCUCUUGACCACUGACAGACAGAGGGAGUGGUGGGACGCCAUCUACAGCCUCAUUCACAAACAAGCAGCUCCUGGCAUGUCAGGCAAACUGCGGAUGAUUGUGCAGCACGGACUGAGCACUCUGAGGGCUGGAGAGAAACAUGGGCUCCAACCAGCACUGGCCAUCCACUGGGCACAGUGUCUCAGUCAGACGGGUGAUGGCGUGAACUCGUACUACGACCAGAAGGAGUACAUCGGCCGCAGUGUCCACUACUGGAAAGUUGCAGUUCCAAUGUUGGAACGGAUCAAAAACAGGCGCAGCAUACCAGAACCACUUGACCCCCUCUUCAUACACUUUCCCUCCAAAGAUAUUCAGAUUUCUUCUGUAAAAAGCUAUGAAGAGGAAGCCAAGAUAGCAUGUGCGACGCUCCUUGACAUUGAAGGCAAAACAGAGGAGGCCAUCGCUACCUUGGAAACAAUCAAUAACAUGUCAUCCAUCUGGCAUUUGGCACAGAUCUACCAGCGGCUAUCAGAGGAGGCAAGCAACGGGGUUGAGGAGACCCAAGACAGGUGCAUCACCUUUCUUAGAAAGUUUAGGACCUACCUGUCAAAGAUCUACAAUGCGAAUGCAGAUGAUAUUGAUAGGCUUCCUGUCUCCAUGGAGGAAGUCGUGGAUCUCCUGAAUGACGUGAACCAGCAGCUGGGCGAGAGUGGGGAGGCCAUGGAUGAAGAGGAGGAAAAGGAGGAGGAGAUUCGAAGAGGACCAGCCCACUCCAGCCCUGCUCAUCCCACAGAAACCUCUGCCUCCAUAUCCCACAUAAAGUUUUCCACUCCCUCUCCUAACAAAAGCAUCGUCUCUCCUUCAAAACGACACCUGAUUUCUCCCAAGACACCACCACAUUGGGUGGAGGACCAGAAAAGUCUCCUCCAGAUGCUGUGUCAGCAAGUUGAAGCCCUCAAGAAUGAGGUUCAUGAUCUGAGACACAACUCUUCAGGGAAUGCAGGCUCCCCUCAUCACAAGAUGUACGGGGAGAGCUAUGGGGCCGAGGGCCUACAGGAGACCUUUACCCCAGUGCAGUCCUACCAUGGGGCCCCACUAACAGUUGCCACUACAGCCCCCUCUGUGUACUACAACCAGUCUCCAGCUUAUAACUCUCAGUAUCUCCUGCGCACAGCAGCAAAUGUAACCCCCACUAAGGGUCCAAUGUAUAGUAUGAACCGUAUGCCACCUCAGCAGCACAUGUAUGCCUACCAGCAGCCCACUCAUACUCCUCCAUUGCAGACAGCCCCAGCCUGCAUUUACCCUCCUCAAGAGCAGGUCUUUGGUGCCCCUCUUCGAUUUGAAUCACAAGCCACGAGCCUUCUUUCCCCCUAUAGUGAAGAAUAUUACGGGCAGAGUGUAACCCAACAAACCACUAACCCUCCCCUGCCUGAACCUGGCUACUUCACCAAGCCAUCUGUAGUCCCUGUUCAGCCACCAAAGAGCAUUGAGGGGAAGCCUAUGGACUUUGGGAAGCUCUCCUUCAGCCAGCAGGCACCUGCUGAAGUCCCCAAAGUGCCUAGUUUUGGAGCAGGGGCAGUUGCCCAGUCAACGCCUUCAGCUGCUUUUAAAUUCAACUCCAACUUUAAAUCAAACGAUGGAGAUUUCACUUUUUCAGCUUCCCAGGCCAAACAUAGUGAAAGUCUUCUUGGUCUUCUUACAUCAGACAUUCCCACUAAAACAGAUACCAUCCCAGAGAAGCCUGCGGCCCAGGAGCAGCCCCCUGGCCAAACAGGCAUCUUCACCUUUGGCAAUAAAAAUGUUACUGGCUUCUCCUUUGCUGAUUCUGCACACAACACAGGCACUGGAAGUCUUUUUGGAAAUGUGGAGCAGCCAUUUAAAUUUGGGGAUGUGACCAAGCCAGUGUUUGGGGUUGGAAUGUCUGCAGCAGAAGAGGAAAGAGCAGCAGAGAGCGACAAUGACAGCACUCAUGUUGAGGAGGAUGAAGAUGGUCCUCACUUUGAACCCAUUGUACCCCUUCCUGAUAAAGUAGACGUGAGAACAGGUGAGGAGGAGGAGGAGGAAAUGUUUUGCAACAGGGCAAAGCUGUAUCGAUUUGACACAGACACAAAAGAGUGGAAGGAGCGAGGCAUUGGCAAUAUUAAAAUCUUAAAACACAGCAGUAAAGGAAAGGUCCGCCUCUUAAUGAGAAGGGAACAGGUCCUUAAGAUCUGUGCAAACCACUAUAUUAAUGCCGAUAUGCUACUGAAACCGAAUGCUGGCUCUGACAAAUCCUGGGUCUGGAAUGCCAUUGAUUAUGCAGAUGAAGAGCCCAAGCCUGAACAGCUGGCCAUCCGCUUCAAAACAGUAGAUGAGGCGGCCCUUUUCAAAGCUAAGUUUGAGGAAGCCCAGAAAAUUGUGCUCAAAUCAAAUGAGAAGCCUGAUCAACAGGAGAAGAAAGAGGAAAGCAUAAAAGAUUCUGAAUCACUUGCAGCCCAGUUUGCUCUUAAAGAUGGAGAAUGGGACUGCACUGUGUGCUGUGUAAGAAAUAAACCCACAAAUAUGCGAUGUGCUGCUUGUCAAACUCCCAAUCCUAAUUCCUCAUCCAAGCCAGACAUUCAGGCUGUUGGAGAAACCAAAACCAGUCCCUUUACUUUCAAAUUUGGGAUUGAUUCAUCAAAACCCAGCAGUUCUGGCUCUCCUUUCACUGGAUUUGGUGCUUUUGGAUCAUCUAUACCCUCCUCAUUUACAUUUGGCACAAGCACCUCAAAACCUGCUGACACAGCCACCAGUGCAUUUGGUUCUGGCUUUGGGGCUCAGUUUGGCAAGAAACCCGGGCAGUGGGACUGUGAUGUAUGCCAAGUAAGAAAUGAGGCCUCUGCAGACAGUUGUGUUUCUUGUAAAGCUCUUAAAGCCUCACCUAAAACAACUGCAACAGCACAAACGGCACCAGCUGCAGAUGUAACAGAUGCACCCUCUAUAUCUGCUGUUGGCUCUGGGUUUGGUGCCCAGUUUAGCAAGAAACCCGGGCAGUGGGAUUGUGGUGUAUGUGAAGUAAGAAAUGAAGCCUCUACUGACAAAUGUGUUUCCUGUGGAGCCCCCAACCCUGCUGCUAAAUCAACAAAGGAGGCUCCGGUAGCUUCAAAUCCACCAGCAGUGUCUGGAUUUGGGGCUGAGUUUGCAAAGAAGGAUGGACAGUGGGACUGCAAUACCUGCCUGGUCAGAAAUGAUGCAUCAGCUGCUGAAUGUGUGUCCUGCAGUUCCCCAAAUCCCAAUCCCUCUUUAGAAGCCAUGUUUGCCAAGAAAGAUGGAGAAUGGGAUUGUGACACUUGUCUGGUGAGAAACAAUGCCUCUGCCAAUAAGUGUGUGGCCUGUCAGACACCAAAUCCCAAUGCUAAAAGCACAAGCAGCACUGCUCCCUCAGCCUCCUCAUUCAGCUUUACAUUUGGAAGCAAGAGUUCAUCAAGCCAGCCUGCUGGAACUGGAUUUACAAUGCCUUUUGAAACUGGCAGCACUUUUACAUUUGGUCAAAAUAAAGACAAAAGCUCUGCUGCUUCUUUUAAGUUUGAAGCUCCUCAGUCUGGGUCUAGUUCCACAAGUUCUUCAGGCUUCUCUUUCUCAAUGCCCAUUCCAGCUGGUGGUUUCAAGUUUGGCAUUCAGGACUCUGCAAAAGAAACUUCCUCAACUGAUAAUGAAAUGCCUCCAUCAGGGUCAGCCUCCAGUUUCCUGAAAAGCAUAGCUGACAAACACAAGGAGAAAGAAAAUGUGUCUACACUCUCAAUGGGCCAAACAGAGCAAGAGCAAAAUCCAUUAAUUGCUGGAAAAAGUGAAUUUAGUUUUGCAGACUUGGCAAAGUCCACUGGAGGAGACUUCCAGUUUGGCCAGCAGGACCCCAAUUUCAAAGGUUUCUCUGGGGCUGGUGAGCAGGUGUUCUCAACCCCCACCAAGGCAGAUGCCUCAAAUGAGCUAGAAGAUGACGACAUGUAUAAAACAGAGGAAAAUGAUGAUAUUCAGUUUGAACCAGUGGUUCAGAUGCCUGAUAAGGUGGACCUGGUGACAGGGGAGGAGGAUGAACAGGUUCUAUAUUCUCAGCGUGUCAAGCUGUUCAGAUUUGACUUGGACAACAGUCAGUGGAAAGAGCGUGGUGUAGGAAUCCUUAAAUUCCUGAAAAACAGCUCUAAUGGCAGACUAAGGGUACUGAUGAGAAGAGAGCAGGUUCUGAAGGUGUGUGCCAACCACUGGAUCACCACCACCAUGAAUCUAAAGCCCUUGGCAGGUUCCGACAAAGCAUGGAUUUGGAUGGCCAACGACUUCUCGGAUGGAGACGCUAAACUUGAACAGUUGGCUGCUAAGUUUAAAACCCCAGAGCUUGCUGAGGAGUUUAAGGAAAAGUUUGAGGAGUGUCAGAGACUUCUCUUGGACAUCCCCCUACAAACGCCCCACAAGCUUCUUGACUCAGGCAGAACGGCACGCCUCAUUCAGAAAGCAGAGGAAAUGAAGUCUGGUUUGAAAGACCUGAAAUCCUUUUUGACAGACGAGAAAACAAAGAUCAAAGAUGACGACAGCCAAGGAGACAUUACAACAUCUAGCAGUGUUUCAAACCUUGUAAUCAAGCCUCACGGUGAAACCACUGGCCCCACCUUGGAAUGGGAUAACUAUGACCUAAGAGAAGAGGCUUUAGAUGAUACUGCUAACUCAUCAGUCUAUGCCUCUCCAAUGGCCAGCAGCCCCCUCAGAAAGAACCUUUUCCGCUUUGGAGAAUCCACUGGUGGAUUCAGCUUCAGCUUCCAACCUGGCAUCAGCCCCUCCAAGUCUCCUGCCAAGCUUAACCAGAGCAGAGCCUCAGUAGGUACUGAUGACGAGCAGGAUGUAACCCAGGAUGAGGAGAGGGAUGGCCAGUACUUUGAACCUGUGGUCCCCUUGCCCGAUCUGGUGGAGGUUUCUACAGGAGAGGAAAACGAACAGGUGGUCUUCAGUCACAGGGCCAAACUGUAUCGCUACGAUAAGGAACUUGGUCAGUGGAAGGAGAGGGGUAUCGGAGACCUCAAAAUCUUGCAGAAUUAUGAGACCAAACGAGUGAGGCUGAUAAUGAGGAGAGACCAAGUACUUAAGAUCUGUGCCAACCACAGGAUAACACCGACCAUGAAGCUGGAACCUAUGAAGGGUGCGGAGAAGGCCUGGGUCUGGAGUGCCUUGGACUUCUCUGAAGCACUAGAGGGUAUAAUGGAGCAGUUGGCUGUGAGAUUCAAGCUGCAGGACACUGCAAACACAUUUAAACAGGUAUUUGAUGAGGCCAAGAUUGCCCAAGAUAAAGAGGAACUCAUGACACCAGUGACAUCCAGGGUUGCCACACCUCAAGACAGUGGACCCAAGGCAUCUGCUCAGCCUGCUACACCUGUGUGCGGGAAGGCAGCCAUCGCUGUUCUGGAAGAGACCACGAAGGAACGUACAGAGCUUCCCCCGGACAGUAAGCCAUGUGCAGCUGGGUCCCUAAGUCCAGUUAACCCCUCAAAGACAGUGGUGUCACCCCCUAAGUUUGUCUUUGGCAGUCAAAGUCUGCAAAAGUUUUUUGGCUCUCCUAAAUUUAAUUCUGAGACUGAGGAAUCUGGAUCCAGUUUGAAAGCCAAAGAUUCUGGACGUCCUGCCAAGGAUUCACCUGCAGCACCUGCAUUCAAAAUCCCAGAAAAAGGGACACCUCAGGCAGAAGGAGGCGCUGCAGGGUCAGGUGAGGACUCGGAUGUGGAGGUUUUGUAUGUCAGGGAACCCACUGCUGAGCAUGCAGCUUUAGCCAGGAAACUCCUGCUGCCUCUCACCUUCUUCUGCUACAAGAAUGAACCCGGCUACACCAGUGACGACGAAACUGACGAUGAGGACUUUGAGUCAGCAGUAAAAGCCCUGAAUGGAAAGCUCUACCCUGAUCCUCCUGAGAAAAAGGCUGCAGCAUGUGGUGAUGAGUCAGACUGCCAGGUGGUGUGGGAGAAAAAGCCGACGCCGGAAGAAGAGGAGAAGGCCAAAAGUCUCCAGCUUCCACCCACCUUUUUCUGUGGCCUGAGCACCACAGACAGCGACCCAGACCAGGACAAGCCUGAAGACUUUGAGACAGAAGUCCGCAAGGCACAGCAAGACCUGGGUGCCCAGCUUAACGAAGCUGAAAAGGCCUCCAGCAGCCCUGCUGUGGCCGCAGAAGAACCAGCAUCAGGCUCUUCAUCCAGCAGCACCGAAGUUACAGGCAGUGCAGAUACCGCAGCCAGCACAACAGACGCUCCAAGCAGCACAGAUACCGCAGCCAGCACAGACGCUGCAGGCAGUAUAGAUACUGCUGCCAGCACAGAUGCUGUAGGCAUCACAGAUACUGCAGCCAGCACAGACGCUGCAGGCAGUAUAGAUACUGCUGCCAGCACAGACGCUGUAGGCGUCACAGAUACUGCAGCCAGCACAUCUAUAGCAGAGGAGCAGACCUCAGACCAGCCAACAGAGACUGAGAGUGAAGCUCCUAGCAGCAGCUCUCCCAUUGACCUGUCAACUAAGAAGAGCCCAGAGCCAGAGUCCAACGCGGGGACUGCUGCUGCAACCUCUACUUCUACAACAGUCAGUCAAGACUCCUCCAGCUUUGGCUUCAACUCGCUUGGAGGCUUCUCUUUUGCUGAUCUGGCCCGAAACACAGAGUCAUUUGCAUUUGGAAGUCAAGAAGACUCCAACUUCUCGUGGGCGAACGCUGGAGCGACAGUAUUUGGCACCGCAGCGACCUCAGCACCAAAAAACAAUGCUGAUGAGGAUGGCAGUGAUGAAGAGGAUGCUACUAAUAAUGUGGACAUUCACUUUGAGCCAAUAGUGUCACUACCAGAGGUGGAGACAAAGUCUGGAGAGGAGGAUGAGGAAAUCCUGUUUAAGGAGCGCGCCAAGCUGUACCGAUGGGACCGGGACCUCAGCCAGUGGAAGGAGCGUGGCAUUGGUGACCUCAAGAUCCUCUUCCACCCAACCAAACAUUUCUACCGAAUCCUGAUGAGAAGAGAGCAGGUGCUGAGAGUUUGUGCCAACCACACAAUCACACAGGCGAUGGAGCUCAAACCCAUGAAUGCCUCAGCAAAUGCACUGCUCUGGACUGCCACAGACUACUCAGACGGCGACGGUGUAGUGGAGCAGCUGGCAGCCAAGUUCAAAACCCCUGAAAUAGCUGAAUCCUUCAAGAAGACCUUCACUGAGUGUCAGAGCCGCACAGGCCAAACUGAAGGAGACGCCUCGAGUGUCUCCUCGCCCCAGAUGUCCAGAGUUCAAGAGCACUCCAGAGACACUAACCCCCGGGUGUUCCUCAAAGUGGCAGGCGACGGCCAACCACUGGGCACCAUCACCAUCGAGCUUUUUUCCCAUAUUGUCCCCAAGACAGCAGAGAACUUCAGGGCUCUCUGCACCGGCGAGAAAGGCUUCGGGCUUCGGGACUCCAUCUUCCACAGAGUCAUACCGGACUUUAUGUGUCAGGGUGGUGAUAUCACCAACAGUGAUGGCACAGGAGGGAAAUCCAUCUUCGGCGGCAAGUUUGAGGACGAGAACUUUGAUGUUCGGCACACAGGCCCGGGCAUAUUGUCGAUGGCCAAUCAUGGGCGCGACACCAACAACUCACAAUUCUUUAUCACCCUGAAGAAAGCCGAACACCUGGACUUCAAACACGUGGCUUUCGGCUGGGUUCGGGAUGGCAUGGAUGUUGUGCAACAGAUGGGUGCGCUUGGCACAAAGGCAGGUACGCCCACGAAGAAGCUGGUCAUUACGGACUGUGGACAGCUGUAGCUUUUUAAAAGUCAGAUCAAGAUUCGCAGCUUGGUUCAGGCUAUUAUGUUAAUGGUCAAAAAAGACUGGAUAAUGAUGUGUUCCCUGUGCAGUGCAUACCCUCCUGCUAAAACUGAAUCCAUAGUCAUUAGGCAUAUGAGAAUUAAACACUGAUCACAGGGCUACUGGUCAACACACUUCAUAGAAACUUGGCUCCAGUAGCGUGGAAUUAGAAAUUAUUUUGCUAUCCUAUAACAUAAUCACAGAUGGGAAACUGUUGUAUCUGGGAGGAGCAAAUAUAGUAAACUUUUGCUCUGUUGCACUCGCAUCUUUAUUAUCGUCUGUCAAUAAAUUCUGAUCAUUUGUUUAUUUUGUGUGUAUAAUUGUACAUGGACAACUUUUUUAAUGUCUUUUUGUUCUAUUGUCUUGCAUGUGCUCAAUUUGAAUGUGCUGGUUCUUCUUUAUAAGCUCCACUCGGGUAUUUUUUCCCUUUUUGACUAAGUCUUAACUAUAAUUUAAAGGUGAGGUUGUUUUUUUGAAAGCACCUAUUGGUUUGUAACUGUUUCCCUGGCCUUUCCAAACGCUGCCUCUGUGUAUCUCCUCCUGUAGGGCUUCCCCAGUGAUUUUUCUUUUGUGUAAGUGGAUUUCAUAAUGUGCAGAUAAUUGGACUUCACACUUGCCCACACAAACUUGAGUCAUCUCACUAUGGUACCCCGUGGACAGAGGGUGGCGAGAUGAUGACACUGCAUCUGGUUUGGAUUUUACAAAGGUGUUUUGUUAUAGUUUGAGAUAAUCACAAGGUUGAAAUGGUGCUUGUUGUACCAAAAUAAUAUGCUAAUAAAGGAGAAAUAAAGUUGCUUUACAAGGAA